AUGGCGUUCCCUCCUCCCUUGCCGCCUCGACUACAAUCUGCGCAGUCCGCAUCUCUAACAUUUCCUCCCGAUCAUCAAGAUGGUGACCUGCUGAUGCCUACUUCUGUUGGUCUUGGAUAUUCCACCAAACUGCAUGCUUCAGACCCUAGGACUUCGUCGGCUCAGUCGCUGAGAGCACCGGCAAAAGAGUCUGAUACUAGGCGCUCGCUACUCAUCAUAUACAUUCACGGCUUCUACGGCAAUGACCAGUCCUUUAGAUCCUUCCCAGCGCAUGUACAUGCUACCCUCACUGAGCUCCUCUCUGAAACGCAUAUUGUCCAUUCCAAAAUAUACCCCCGCUAUAAGACCUACAGAGCUAUUCAUGUUGCAAGGGACAAUUUCAGUGUCUGGCUCGAGCCACACGAGUCUCCCACUACCGAUGUCAUUCUCGUUGGUCACUCCAUGGGAGGCUUGCUAGCUGCUGAGGUCGCUCUAAUGCCUAACCACGAUCCAUAUCUUCAUCAACCUUUCAAACAUCGAAUACUGGGCACAUUGUCUCUGGAUUCACCAUUUUUAGGUUUGCACCCCGGAAUAGUUGUAUCUGGCCUAUCAAGCUUGUUCCAGCCCGCACCAAAGUCUGACAAGGGGAUUGGAGAAUCCUCUUCUCAGUCCUCGCUCGCCGAGAACCUUUCCGCAAGCGACUUGUCGCUCCCAGUAUCCGAUACUGCAUUCAACGUCUCUACAAAGUCAUCUCUAUCAGCACAGACAAAUGAGUUAUAUGACCCUCCCUUUUUCAAUGACGUUCCCUUUAGAGAAAAACCACUCUUGUCAAGACUGCGACAUUUUGCUUCCAAACACAAGGCUCAAGGCAUAUUCAACGCUAUUGGCAAUCACAUUAUUUCUCAUCUAGAGUUUGGUGGUUGUAUGGCUGAUUAUCCAGAACUUGUUGCACGUUACAAACGAAUACGAGCUCUAGAGGAUGUUGAUGAGCUCAAAGCAAUCUCUCAAGGCCAUCCAGCCGCAGCGCACAGACGUGUUCGGUUUGUCAACUACUACACGCUAUCGCCAGGCCGUCCCAAGCCAUCUCCGCAGAUAGAUGCAGUGGCGGGCGUUGAACCGUCACUAUUGACGCUGGCUCUGAACGAACCAGGAGCGGGCAGCAAGGAACUCACUGGAUCCGAGACAGACGCCGCCUCACACCCUAGCUUUCGUGCUGAAGAGAUACCAAUAUUGGACAUUGAACACGCUGAUGGUGGCUGUGAUGAAGAAGACCUUUAUGAGGCGAAAGGUGCCGAACCACAAGCAGGCGAAAAACCAACUGCUUCAAAGUCAUUGCCCGAGAGUGAGUCAGAAGAGGAACCCGUUUCCGAAACCGAAAGCCACAAAUCCCUGCUGCACCUUGACCCUGUCCCGAUGCUCGACGAGAAGGAAGAAACUGCAGAAACUGCAGAAACUGCAGUGCCAUCCUCUGAGGCUGCUAUACCCGCCUGCCCGGAACCGCGGCCAGACUUGUCAGACUUGGACUUGACACCCAUCCCACCCGCGCCUGAAGAGCCGACGUAUCCCGACCUGACCAAGUACACCGACAAGGACGCCCGCAAGCAAGCGGAAAAGGAAGCCAGGCGGGAGCAAAAGGCCUACCAACAGGCCGUCAAGAACCGCAAUAGAGCCCUCCGUGAACGAGAAAAACUUGUCGAAAAGCGCCGCAAAAAGUCUGAAAAGGAAGCCCAGCGGCUCGAGAAGCAAUCACUUCGGGAACUGCAACGACGGAGAGAUGAAACAAAAGCCGAGGCGGAAACAGCGGCCGGUCUGACCAUGGAAGAGUCCAUAACCGCUGCUGCGACAACGACGACGACGACGACGACGACGGACCAGGAUGCGCAGCACCAGCCACCGUCAAAAGAGCAGCAGCCCAGGAAACUGCGCAAAUUUUGCGCGCUGCCCAGCAAGAUCAACGGGCGGCCGGACCCGACGUGGGUGGACGUCUACAUGGCCGACGUGGACGAAGUCGGUGCGCACUGCGGUCUGUUUGCGCCGGGCGCGCACUACGAUACGCUCGUGGGCGACGUGGGCAACCGUGUCAUGGCGUGGGUGCACGAAGACUUGUCAACGAGGGCGGCCAUGGCUAUGCAAUAG